AUGGAGGCUGCGGGAAGGCCCCGGGCCCAGAGGUGCUGCCAGGAGGCUCUGGGAAAGCUCUUCCCGCGCCUCUGCUUCCUCUGCUCCCUGGUGACCUACGCGCUGGUGGGCGCCGCUCUUUUUUCAGCCAUCGAGGGUGGCCGGGACCCGAGCACAGAUGACCUGGAGUUUGAAGGCUUCUUGAAGAACCUCUGCAGCAUCUUGAAAUGCAACAGAACAGUUGAGGAAGACAGGAAACAGGAUCUUGGGGAGCUGCUGAAGACGGUGAAGCCCCAGUGGUUUAGCAGGUCUGCUGACUGGUCCUUCCUGAGCUCGCUCUUUUUCUGCUGCACAGUGUUCAGCACCGUGGGGUACGGCCACAUCUACCCGGUGACCAAGCUCGGCAAGUACCUGUGCAUGCUCUACGCGCUCUUCGGCAUCCCCCUCAUGUUCCUGGUGCUCACGGACACCGGCGACGUCCUGGCCACCGUCCUGUCCAAGUCCUACCAUCGCUUGCGCCAACUCUGCCUGCGGGGCCCUCGCCUCUCCGCGUGGCGGCCCCGUCUUCUCCAGCGGAGGCGACCCGAGGUCAAGCCCGCGGAAGACACGCUCCCGAGGAUCGUCAUCCACGCCCAAGAGCUCCCGGGCCCCAAAGCGGACCUGUGUCCCCCGGCCUCCAGCCACAACUGCGAGCUGUUUGAGAGACUCCUGGCUCAGGAGCAGCAGCACACCCUGCAGGCGCCCGCGCGCGGCGUGGAGAGGAGCAACUCGUGCCCCGAGCUGCUGCUGGGGAGACUGUCGCGCUCGGUCAUCAGCAACCUGGACGAGGUGGGCCGGCAGGUGGAGCGGCUGGACGUGCCCCUGCCGGUCAUCGCCCUCCUGGUGUUCGCCUACAUUUCCUGCGCCGCCGCCAUCCUGCCCAUCUGGGAGAAGCACCUGGACUUCGAGAGCGCCUUCUACUUCUGCUUCGUCACGCUGACCACCAUCGGGUUUGGGGACAUCGUUCUGGAACACCCCCACUUCUUCCUGUUCUUCUCCAUCUACAUCAUCGUCGGGAUGGAGAUUGUGUGCAUCGCCUUCAAGUUGGUGCAAAACAGGCUGAUUCUCAUCUACAAAAAUCUCAUGUUGUUCUUUGCAAGAGUUUUGCCGCCUUGUUAG